ACCACCCUCCCGAACAGGUCGUCGCGCCGGGUAGUUUAUUCCAUUCUAACUGAAGCUGAAGUGUGUCUUCGCUGCUGCUCCCGUUCGUCAUUCUACGGUUGGCUGUGAACGUUAGCGGAAGUGUUUCGGUGUUUCAAGGCAGCAUUGCUUCGAUGUUGGUGGUUUGUCUAUAUCCUUAGCACUCUGGACAGUCAGUGUAGUUUUAUCCACAAAAGACUUGUGGGGUAAAUAAAGUGUCAACGGAGAACCCAUUUAAUUAGUGUUAGUCCUGUUAAUUCGAACGGAUCAGUGCGUAGUUGCGGGAAUUCCAAAAUAUGUCUUAGAUGCUAGUGAAAUAAGUGAUUGAAUUAGUGCACAUACAUUCGAAUUUAUCGUGAAGCUGUAGUGUACUGCACAGAUGUAAAUGUGAAUAAUGUUAUUAGCUAACGUAUGUUUGAAAAACUAUAUUUAUUAAAUGCGCAAAUGUGUGAUGUUUAAGCUGGGUUGAUUGUACGUAACUGCAUACUACACGCAGUAAGAGUAGUCACUCACAUGGUACUUAGCAGGUGAAUUCGUGAGAGUAGUGUAUAGCUAACGAGUGCGGUGUAGGUCACGUUUUUCGGCUUGUACAAUACGACUGCGGCAGAGCUUAUGCCAACGUGGGAGCCUGCAGAUAAUACCUGGUAUUGAUUGUAUUCAUUCAUCGGAAAGCGUCACAAAUAGUUAUGGACUGAACUUGAACGGGUGCAACAGUUUACGAGAUUAGCCGUGCCGGCGUACUUAUGCGCAUUUGAAGAAACAAAUUGGAACCAACUAGUAGAAAAUAACCACUGAUUGGAAAAUCUUUGGCUGACAACCAAUUUUGAGCUUGCAGACCAGACCCCAAAGGAUCGAAUGCUAGUUUCGUAGCCACAAUUAAGUUUUGCUGCUGAUUCAAAACUGGACCAGGAUAUAGAAUAUUGAACAAUAAUCGAAUGCAUGUGUCUUUAGUAUACUUGGGGUUAUUGAAUGCUUAAAAAAGAAAACAGGAUUGGAUACCGUUUAACAAAUUUUGUAAAAAAUGGAUGACAUUAUGGAAUUUUGCUUCAUUACAGAAAUUGCAAAGCUAUCCAUAUAUGUAUACAUAAAAAUAAAUUUAUGUGUUUCUUAACGAUGAAUGUCAGCUAGUCAGACUAUAUAAAGAGGGUGUUCUUCUAAGGGCGUUUUGGAUACUAUGAAAAAUGCGCAUCAUUGUAACUCAUAUACAAGUAAUGCUUACAUUAUACCAUUGUAGUGCAUUUUUUUCCAAAGAAAAAAACUCUGUCUAACAGUUCUGAGUAGCAUGGAGCAUAUUCACUAAUGCUUGAAAUCCAUGUUGAAAUCAAUAUUUUGUUCCUGGCAUAGAUAUAUAGACAUAUGAAUAAAAACUGUAUAAGCAAAUUGAUUGAAACAUUUCAUGCAUUACAAAAGUUUCGAAAACUAUUGAACGAUAGCAAAUUUGUUGAUCGAUCCGAAAAGCUAUUCAAGGACCCUAAAUCGACUAAAGACAUGAGCCCAAUAAUUGGAUAUAAAAAAUUUGCGCUGUUUUAUUUCCUCUGUCGAUUUUUAAUUUCAGGUCAAACACUUGGAUGGAUUCCUUUGCACGCACCGAUACCGUGACUCACCAAGGAGACCAACACAGUUUGUGGUUAUUGAAUUUCCCAGUGGUAUCAUCAGUAAGUAACAUGCGUCCAAAUAUGUUGACAUCCGUUUAGACGGAACCCUUCCUCACAGUUCGUUUUUUCGUUUGAGCACCUUUGGAGUUUCUCGCAGUAUUUUUUGAGAUCGUUGACCACAUCGCAAACAGUAAGCGUGUAAAUUGGUGGCAUUCACGGGACAAAGAAAACUAGGAAUAAUGGAAUGGCUGCUUGCAAAUCCACAAAUUAACAGCUUUUUUGGCUCGCUCGGGUCGUUCGUGGAUGACGUCUAUAUUGUAAACGACGAUGCGUUGAGGACGCUUGAAGAAAUCAUCUGUAAGCUUGCACUUGAAGAUGCAUCGCUCAGAACAUUUCGUCGAGCGAUUGGUUUUGGUCAGAAUGUGAAAAACGACAUUCUCCCGCUGUUGGUCAACGCCAAAGACCCGGACAUUAUCGAUACAACGAUUCGGUUGCUGGUGAAUCUAACGGUUCCAAUAGAAUGCUUGCUCCCGGUUGAAGUCUUCUCCAAAUCGGAAAUAGGCUGUCAUACAAUAUUCGAGUUGAACAAACUAUUGAUCACUAGUAAAGAAGCCUUCGUAGAAUGGAAAACUACAAAAGCCGUGAUCGAUCAUAUAAAGACAACUUUGGAAAAUGAUACAAAGCUGUCAAUUGAUCACUGCGAUAGCAUUAACAACUGUUUACUUUUGUUGCGAAAUAUUCUGCACAUUCCCGUUGGAAAUCCAGCUGGUGGACAUGGUUCGCAUUCACACCUAAUUCCCAGUCACAACACAUCAUUCCAAAACCAAAUAAUAUGGAACUUAUUCACGCAAAGUAUCGAUAAGCUGCUCAUUCAUCUUAUGUCGUGUCCACAGCGAGCUUAUUGGGCUGUUACAAUGGCGCAGCUGGUGGCGUUGAUGUAUAAAGAUCAGCACAUUAACACCCUGCAGAAAUUAUUAAAUCUUUGGUUUGAAUCAACCUUGUCGGAAAGCUCUGAAGAUAAUGAGAGUAACACAUCUCCACCACAGCAAUGCAGUGGAGAUUCCAGUCCCAUGCUUACUUCCGAUCCAACUUCAGAUUCUUCGGACAAUGGUAGCGGCAAAAUGUCAUCGUCGACUAACAAGGCCCCAGAAGAAGCAGACCAAAUCCACAGGAAAGGUGCUGAAUACCCUUCACAGAUUGUCAUGACCAAAAUGAUCAAAUCACACCAAAUGUAUCUCCAAUCGAUUAAAGUCAUCGAGGGAGUUGGCUGCUUUGUGAAACACCCACUAUCAAUCAAACCAGUUGUAUCACAAAGCGAAAAGCCUCCGUCUUCGGCCAAGUUGGUUACCGUGCCCAAAGAAGUCAAACAAUUAUCCGUAAGUUCUAAUUCAUCCGAUGAAAUGCAUACUCCGCCAUCAUUUUUGCAGAUACAGGCGAAAAAGAACCAAUCCGCACCAGCUAGUCCCGUUUCCAAAAGCGAGGAGGUUUCAUUUUCAGAGGCAACCAAAAAAUCUGCUUUUCCUUCUGAUACUAAAUCAUCCAGUCCACUCUCUGUCACCAAUUCUCCCAAAACUGAUUCAAAAGUCCAAUCCCAAAAGGACCAAGGCAAAGUAUCGCAGUCUGAAACGUCCGAUUGUGGAUAUGGAACGCAGGCGGAGAAGGAAUCCAUUUCAACCUCCAGUAAUGAGGAUGAUGGUCCUAAUCAGAAACCCGUGCAUCAAAAGCCACCCCCCAAUCAAAAGCAGAGAUUUAAUGCAGCCAACAAGUCGCGAAAUCCAACUACACCCCAUGAGAAAAAAGAACUACGUCGGAAAAAGUUGGUCAAGCGCAGCAAGAGCAACAUUAUCAACAUGAAAGGAUUGAUGCAUCAUGCUCCAAGUGAUGAUGACAUCUCUCACAUCCUGAAAGAAUUUACAGUGGACUUUUUGCUCAAAGGGUACGGAUUUCUCGUGCAAGAGCUUCAUGCACAACUGAUGUCCGAUUUGCAGGUACAUAUCGAUACGUCGCAUUUCUUCUGGUUGGUGACCUAUUUCCUGAAGUUCGCGUCUCAGCUCGAGUUGGACAUGGAGCACAUCAACUUCGUGCUUUCGUUUGACAUCAUCAGCUAUCUGGUCUACGAAGGAGUGAUGCUGUGUGAACAGCUGGAGCAGUACAGCCGCGAGCCACACACCGAUCUGAUGCCCUGUUUGAGACGAAUUCAUUUGGUCGUCACAGCCAUCCGAGAGUUUCUGCACGCCCUUGACACUUACAAGAAAAGUUCCCACUUGACCAAGGAGGAUAAGGAGAAGCUUCAGCUGCUGCAGCUGCAGAUAUGUGCUACGGAGGACUUGCGGUGUCUAUUCGUGCUUCUGCUGCGAUGUUAUAAUCCGGCUGUGCAGAGCCGGCAGUACUUGCAGGAUUUGAUUGUAACCAAUCACAUUUUGCUUCUGCUGCUAGAUGGAGUGCAUGGAAUUGCGGCACCCAGCAAUGAACACAUGUUGGUUCAUAUCAAACAAUUUGCGACUGUUGAAAUCAUGCAUCAGUACGGGUUAUUGCUGGAGGAUUUCCGUGAUAAUGGAGCAUUUGUCAAUGAUUGCAUAUUUACUAUGAUGCAUCACGUAGGUGGAGAUUUGGGGCAGAUUAAUGUGUUAUUCCAACCGAAUAUUUUGAAGACGUACUCUCAGAUUUGGGAAACAGAGUAUGAAAUAUGCGAUGAUUGGUCUGAUCUCAUCGAGUAUGUAAUACAUAAGUUCAUCAACACUCCACAACCGAGCCCACUAGCAAGCACUUUACCUGAAAUCAGCACUCAACUCUUAUCUGGCAUCAACCCAUGGACACAGGAAGAAAAAGAUUCUCUCCAAUGGUACUACGUCCAGUGCAAGCAAAGCUCCUGUCUGGUAGCGGAUAUUUUGAAUCUGUUCCAGGAGAAUGGAAACCAGCAGAAGACACGUGUUUCCAUUAUUGAGCAGCUCUGGGAGCAGGAUAUUAUUUCCCUGACACAGUAUGACGAUUUGAUGAAGGUGGAGAACCCAGGAUAUGAACGAAACGUGCAGACACCGGCCCUCUCUGUGGCGUCCUGCAAUUCCGGAAAACGAGAUGAUGAAAACAAGAAUCCUCCUACAGCACUCGAUGACAUACAGGUUUUACGUGACCGAUUAUUGAAAGAAAACAAGAGCAACAUGAUUGUAUGGCUGCAGAAGAGUUUGCUUAAUUGUUGUUUUGUAAAAAUGAAUGUCUUGAGUAGAAAUUUAUAUAUUUCGAAAAAUUUGGACGAUCCCAAUAACGUUGUAGUUAUGGAAUCUGUUUCUUAUAAUUGCAUAACGAAAAAGCAGUCUAUACCAGUCGUCCCUUGGAAUCAGGAACAGUUCUCAAUCUUAUCCUACCAACCGUUUGUGUUGCUGCUUCACAAACUUGGCUUUCAUUUGCCAGCCGACGCGAAGAAGUUGUUUGUGCGAAUUCCCGAGUUCUGGACAGCUGAUAUUUUGUACAGUAUUGCUCUCAAACUCGGACCGGUUGAACAAUCUAUCGCCAACUUCGAUCUGAAUUGUCUUCAGAAAGUGUUAUCAAUGGAGAAACAAAUGAAAGUUGAACCCGGUCCAAUGUCGGAUAACAGUGUAGAAAGCUUCACUGUUCUUGCAAGGUCAAACAAGAAAAUUCCUGUCGACAGUUUUGCUUCGGACACUAACACUGGCUGGUUACAUGUUGUAAUGAGGAAUAAACAUGUUGCUUCCUCUUUAGCAAUCGAUAGAACUAGAAACGGACAUCGCGGGCAGCCACCGUUGUUGCACUCCUAAUCACCAGAAUUUGCACAUUGAAGAUGGAAACCAAAUCACAAACAUUCAUCUGCUGCUGGUACCCUGUGCAAUUACUGCUGAGCUGCCAUUACCGGAGUUGUAACCAUGGAAGAUCAAUCGAGCAAAAGCUCAUGCUAUCAAUAAUGACUGUCUAAAUUUUAAAAAAUUCUUUCCAAAAGGACCGAAGUAACCGUAUAAUAAUUCCCUUCAAGAGCUUUCAAUUCAUUUUCGCAAUAGUGCACUUCGUAAAGUACCCAAAUUUAAGCAAUAAUUGUCUUUCAAACAUUUUUUUUAUUAUUGAAGCCUAGGCUGAUUCAUCUUAGAUUCUUCUGGGAAAUAUUGCUUCAAUUUGAAGAUACCAGCAUGUAACGCAUUUUCAAGUUUAUAUUCUGAGCACAUGUCACUAGGCACAUUAAAAUGUCUUCAAAGAUCGAAAAUAGAAACACCAGGGCACGCUCUUAGUUCAUGUCAUGAUUCAUGCAUCGAUGCAAUGCAGUGACAAUCGAAAAAUUGCCCAAAUAAUUUUACUUCGGUUCUUUUGAAAUUGUAUGUGAGAAAAUCUGAUAAUUAGGAAUAAUGGAAAUUUGCGAUUGCACUGAAUACCGCGAAAUUUAAUGUUCUAAUGUGAGUCAAGCUCAAUAUUUCAAAGGAAUGGUUAAAGGCUUUGAAAUAUUCACUAAUAAUUUAUAUUUUAGCGUAUUUAGUAACAAAAAUUAUAUUCUUCUACACCUGGUCCAAAUUUAAUGUCAAUUAACUAAAUUUAGUUCUAUUCAUUCUAUAGUUCUAUAGUUCUAUUGAUUCUGGACAUGUACUUGAGAAACUGAGCUUGAGAAACAAAUUUCGUUAACGAUCAACAAAUACGGUUCAUCUACGAUAAAGCUGUGAAUUAUACGUAUAACAACAAGAAUAAUAAAUGUAAUUGAAUUUUCCAAUAAAGCUCGCAGUUUUUCGAUUCGCAUUUCGGUUUUUGACUUGCAAUUCGAAACAUCGUCUGGAAAUUAAAAAUGUCUAAAAAUUUCUCAAUAUUUUUAUGAGAGACAUGAAGCUCGAAGUUUAUUAAAAUUAAAGAAAUACUACUGCUUUGGAGUAACAUGAACACUCGCAUUGUAUGGCUUAAUUCCCUUGUGCUAAAAUGACUGAAAAUGUUUUAGCUAGUGGUCUGAAAUUUAUCCAAAGCUUGGCUUCCAACUGUGUUGAUGUCUUUGUAUUCAAAGCAGCAAAUACGAAACUACAUGUCUAAAGUCAUAUAUGAAGAGUAUCGCUACAUUCUAAGCAGCACCUAUUCAGAAUUGCGUCAAAUUCGGCUCGUUUAGUUUGAAAUUCUAGCCUACUGCUCGUGCAAAAGAAAGAGCAAGAUAGAUUAUAGACAUGGCAUGCUGUUUUGUCCAUGUAAACACUAUUGUUAAGAGAAUAUGACAAACUAAAAAAUUGAGCAAUUGUUAUUUUUUCAAUAACUUGAAACAAAGCCUCGUCGAGUAGGUAGGUUAGUUUACUCCACGUCUGAUCAAAUUUUGUUGGAAAAUUAUUCUUAAUUUCCAUUAAAUCGUAAAAUAUCGUAAAGUAGUAUUAUUUACUUAUUAUUUGGGAUGUCUUGUCGUAUUUUUAACAAAAAUGAGUCGAUUCGAAGCAUUUUUGAGUAGUAUUUGCCAUUGUUGAACUAGUUUUAGUAAGGAAAUGAAACUUUUCCAAAGCAUCAUCCUUUUAUUACAGUCAUUUUGAUAUCUAUUUAAACUCCUACACAGAUAAAAGUAUUGGAAAUUUGAUGACAACCCACAAUCAAAUCAUAAGAAUAAAUCAUUCGUACCCAUUUAUGUUGUUUUAUUAUGUUAUUACGAAAAAUUUGAUGUAUUUGCACCAUCACCAAAAUUUAUUUAAGGAUUCGAAAUGAUCGAUAGCGAAACUUUUAUUUUUCACUGCGAAUUUCCAUUGUACCUACUCAUAACAGCAUACACGCAUCACACAUCCUUAAAAGAUAUGUAGAGAGUUCGCGUUUAUGUUGCACGUAUAAAACGAUAAAAAUGGAACUUUAGAAAGCCUGCACUUAUACUUUUCUACUAUCAUCAUCGUUUU